AAAUAUAAAAAAAAUACUGUACAAUCCAAAUUCCAAACACCACCGUUGGCUCUACCCUCCGGUGACGAUCUCCCUCCCUCCUACGCCCUCCGGCGACCUGACAUAACGGUGGAGCCUUAGUGUGAACUAGAAAUGUUCAUAUUCCUCCUCCGUCGUAGCUCCUCCCGCCGCCUCUUCUCCACCACCUCCAUUCCUCCUACCACUCCUAGUUUUUCAAACCUUUACACUAAAUAUUCCUUUACUCCGCCUCCAUCACUUGAUAAAAACCCUAACAAACAAAUACAACAUGCCGAUAACAAUAACAGUAACAACAAAAAGAAAAAGAAGCCUCCCUAUCGUCCUCCGUCUUCUCUAGACAGGUCCGGCGAUAAACCUAUAAAGUCCGACCUCCCGUUCGAUUUCCGGUUCAGUUACACCGAGAGCAAUCCUGCAGUGAGACCUAUCGGUCUCCGUGAGCCAAAAUACUCGCCGUUUGGACCGGAGAGGGUUGAUCGUGAGUGGACAGGUGUAUGCGCUCCUGCUGUCGAUCCUAUGGCGGGAAAGGAGGAGACUGAGAAACUGGAAGAGAAGAGGAAGAAGAUUAGAGAGAGGAUUCAAGGCGAAGAGUUGACGAACGCUGAGCGGAUUGCUUUGGUGGAGAGAUGUGGGAAGCAUAAAACCAAAAGGCAAAUCAAUUUGGGAAGAGAUGGAUUAACACACAACAUGCUGAAUGACAUUCAUAAUAACUGGAAACAUGCUGAAGCAGUUAGGAUUAAGUGUAUGGGUGUACCAACUGUUGAUAUGAAAAAUGUUUGCUCACAGUUAGAGGAUAAAGCAUUUGGUAAGAUCAUACACAGACAUGGUGGUUCGCUUGUAUUAUACAGAGGAAGAAAUUAUAACCCUAAAAAGAGGCCAAUAAUUCCAUUAAUGUUAUGGAAGCCCCAAGAGCCGAUUUAUCCAAAGCUUAUAAAAACUACCAUUGAAGGUCUAAGUAUUGAGGAAACAAAAGAAAUGAGGAAGAAAGGUUUAGCUGCUCCUGCCCUCACAAAACUCGCCAAAAAUGGAUAUUAUGGUGGUCUUGUUCCUAUGAUUAGAGACGCCUUUCUCGUGGAGGAGAUGGUAAGAAUUGAUUGUAAGGGUCUUGAAAAGAAAGAUUACUCUAAGAUCGGAUGCAAAUUGAGGGAUUUGGUUCCGUGCAUCCUUGUGACAUUUGAGAAAGAACAAAUAGUUAUAUGGAGGGGUAAAGACUACAACCCGAAAGAAGGAGGAUGUUUUCUCAUGUCACGUGAAUUUUUUGACAUUGACUCAGGGUACAAAAGUCAAAUCGAGUCCGAGUCUAGUGAUGAUAAGUAGUUCUUUUUAUAUAUAUUUUAAAUAUUUAAAUAUAUAGAGUUAUAUUGUUGAUAUAAAUCUAGGGUCCUUGAUAUUUCCUUGGUUUUAGCCUUUUAGGUUUGAAUUCGGUUCCAAUAUUGGGGUAAAUGAAAGAAAUAGCAAUGGGCUUUUAUUUAUUUGUGAA